UGUCUGUGUUUGGAUCCCGCCUCCCUGCAGUGACACUGAUUGUGCGGCCCCGGCCCAGACACCCAAACACUCGGGUACAACAGCCUCACCCCGGGAUGGAGCAGAACAGCGUGUCCGGAAUAGAACAGGCUGCAGACAUGACCGAUACUCAGAUCCCUGCGAUUGCUGCAUCUGGACCCCCCGAUCCCUUUUCACUUCCGGAGUCCCUGAAUUUCAGCGUUGCCAUCAUAGGACCCAAGGGGUCAGGAAAGAGUACACUGGCCCGGGCUUUGGCCCACCAAACCGAGCAGUUCAGCAGUGGGUUCCUGGAGUCAUACUUUAAAGGAGAAGAAGGAUCCCAUGAGGUUUCCAAGUAUCCUUAUCCCCCUCUGCCCAAUGUCACAGUCCUUGACUACCCUGGAUACACGGCUACAGACUCUGUAGCCUCUUACCUAGAUGGGAUUAAGCUAGACUCUGUGCAGUACCUCCUGGUGACUGUAGGGGGAGCUAUAUCUGAUACUGAGCUGCAACUCCUAGGAACACUCAAGCAGAAGGGGAAGCAGCACUGUAUGGUCCAGACUCACACUGACUUGCUUCUGCACACAGAGAAGAGACGUCAGGGGAAGAGUUACUGGAGAGGGCAGACACUGCAGGGAAUGAAGAGCAGAGUGGAGGAAGAUUUAGGGGGAGCUGGGCUACAAGGAUGCAGGGCAUUCCUUCUCUCUGCCCUAGAACCCCAAAGCUUUGACUUUCCGGCCAUGAAGGAUUACAUGGAGGGCGAAAUCCUGCAGUGGCCAAGGUCAGUUGAAGACAACACGGAGAACCAAUGGCAGGAGCUGGUGUCUGUAUUUGAGAUGCCGUGUGAUCAAGAGGGGCUGGUGGAGUUCCCACCCUAUCUCAGCAUCUUGUUAGACAUUCCUCCCCCUGUGCCUGCUAUUGUGGGUGUGGCAGGCAGCAAUAAAGAGACCAUUCUCCAUGGUCUUUCUGAUCCACCCAUAUCGGGACUUUUGAUAAAAGCCCUCCCAGGGCCCGGCAGCCCACCGCUGCCUGUUGAACAGUAUCUGCAAAACUUACAGCUAGAAUCAUGUGAUGUCUAUCUGAUUGUAGAGUCUGGGCUGGACAAUAGCUUCCGUGCCACCUUGGUGGAGGCAUUGGUUGCGGCCGGCAAGCAUUGUAUGCUGAUUGGUGGAGAAGGAAACCACAGUGGUGGAGAGAAGAAACCUGGGCACGAUGAUGAAGGAAAGCGAGGUGCAACUGAUCUGUCAGGGCUGAAGGUUGCUUUGGAAAAAGGGGCACCUCAAUUGGUAAGAGAGAGACUAUUGCAUUGUCUUCCCUCUAUAGUAGCACAGUUAGUUAGGAGAGAGCAGAGGAGGAUUAUGAUGGGGGUGUAUGACCUAUGUCUGGAUGUAUGCACCAAGGCAUUUUAUGGGCAAAUCCCACAAGCCCUUUCCUCACUUUCUGCAGCUCUGUCCUCUUUCCGUUCUCGGUUUGGUCUGGACGAAGAUUCCAUUUCACGAAUAGCUCAGGUAACUGGGUGCUCUGCUGAGGAUUUACACUCUGAAAUCCACUGCCCCCUGGCAUUGCCCCUGAGCACUGAUCAGUUGCAGCAAAUGGUGUCCCAGCCUCUGUCACUAUCUGAAUUAGUGUGGAGUUACGUCCCCAUCUGGGGUGGGACGGAGACGGCACCCACCCUUUCUUCAGAGCGCACUUACAGGCUGCUGGUUGAGAGUGUAUUUGGGAUGGCACAAGAUGCAGAGAGAGUGCUGCUCCGGGGUUGCACAAAGCAAAAAGGGACUAAAGAGAGUGCCGUCACCUGUCACUGGCCCUGUAUUUGAAGAUCUACUGUUACAAGAACAACUCGCUUCUCGUUGCCUUUGUCUGAGCUGAGUAACAUAGACCCCAAUGCUUCUUGGUCUUUUCUUGUGAGCAUGCAACUUGGCACAAUAAGGAAACUGCCAUCGAGUUUCCUCGCACCACUUUUGCAAAUAUAUGGUUAUUCAAACAUAUCGUGGCUAAGUAGCUAAGAAUUAGACUAGAGGUUCUAUGUGUGUUUCUGGAAGCUCGUAAUAUAUUAAGAUUAUUAACACUGAAGCUCAAUUCCAUGCCUUGAAGACCUGCCUGUCUCCCAUACCUAUCCCUUCCAUCCAACUGCCCCCAUCACAUGGCAAGUCUUUUGUUUCUGGAAGCUCGUAAUAUGUUCUUGUACUAAAGCUUAAAGGAAUACUGUCAUGGGAAUGUUUUUUUCAAAACGCAUGAGUUAAUAGUGCUGCUCCAGCAGAAUUCUGCACUAAAAUCCAUUUCGCUA